AUAAUAUAUUUCUUCGAUAGUGCAGACCACCCGAAUAUAUUAUAAUAGUACGGUAGGCAACCCUACCUACGAGCUCUAUCGAUAGGAAUCGAAGGAAGUUUCAACGUCCAAGGGGACAGUAUGCCCGUUAAUGAUUCGCCGUGGAUCCUUAACCGGCGGUCAAUAACUGGGUCGAUAUUACUACUGCACGAUCACGUUGUCCUGCACUUUCUUUUCGAUGUUUGGUUUUGCCGACAAUUGUCCUCCGUACGACACUUUAUAUCCUGCCAAUCGAUCAUAUUGGCACCAGUCAAAUUCGAGCAGGCAACCUGUGACCAUCAGUUUUCGGUGCUUUACUUAGUCAAAAUGUGCAGAAUGUUCGGUGUGUUAUCCUUAGCGUAUGUCGCUAUCUUCAUGUUAACGGUAGUGCAUUGCGAAGAUGCACCAAGCUCACGGCUUGUGGAUUUUCUAAGCAAAGAUAACAGCGUCAGCCGAACGUUUGGACACAACGCUCUGAAACGGUUAUCAUUCAUUUUCCUCCCCGUAAUGUUUACGCUCGGCGUUAUCUCGACACUGCUGAUGUCUCUGGCAGUCAUAUCUGUGAAGAACCUCGCGAUUGGAGUCGUCCUUCUAAUUGUAGCUGUUAGCCAGGCUGUGUCGAGACUAUUUUCCGCCGCGGGAGCUCCUGCCCCAUUGGUGUUCCACCCACGAGCUGAACUCCUGCCGGCGCCAGCAGUACCCGCCCCCUGGCCACCCACGGGCCCUCUCCUAUCACCCUGGGCCAGAUCUGACAACGACGCGACCAUAUCUGACUAAGAAUUGUAACUAGACAUCAACAUAGAAUAAUUGCCACAGCUAUAACUAACAAGAGAUGCCUAACUAGUGCGUUGCGUCGCAACGAAUCAACGCAUUGUAUGCCAUACUUGCGUUGCGACGAGACCCGAUGUCGCACGACGCAUUCACCCAAUCAGAUUUAACUAUGGAUCGAAACAAUUGAAAUACCGUCCGACGUAGUAACGGAGCUCCGUUAAAACGACGCAACGCUUUAAUGUGGCAUGUCUUUUAAAAUUUAUGGAAAACGACGCAGCGUCGACGCUGUGGCGUCGCGAUGUAGCGCAGCGUGCUAUUAGGGCAUCGUUCUAAGUCAGAAACCAUAGUAUGAUUUUCAAAGUAUUGGAAAUCUUCCAAUGUAAUAAGUAAAUGAAUAAAUUAUUAUCGAAUCAAUGACUAAAACCUACUUCUUACUAGAAAGGCGAAAGGCUCUGUUUAAUCAAUCACUGUAAUACAUAUUAUAUUAAAUUUUACGUAACUUCUGAUAACUCCACCUACACAAGGUUGUCAGAUCUAAACCUACAUUUGUUUUGUGUUGGCUUGAUUGAUUGAUAAGUCUUUGGGUUAGUACAGGGCUUUAAACUCGUAGAUGAAAAUAUAUUGUAUUUAGUUCUCAUAUUUAAACACACCUACAAGCAACUAUUACUACAGCCUUUCUUGAUGAGUACUGUUUACUAACAAAGAAAUUAGAAAUGAAGGUAAAAAACGCAAGUCGUUUCAUAACUUAUUUAUUUUAAAUUAUGUGUUAUUUGUUUUAAAAAUGUUAUAUAAAAUAUAUUAACCAUACAAAAUUGUUCUAAGCUUAUUAAUCAAAAUUAUUUUCAUUAAUUUAACAACAAGUUAAUUAUAAUUAUUAUAAGUUGUGAAAUGACUAGUGAUUUAUACCAUCAUUUUUAAUUUGUUUGUUGGUAAACUGUAGUUCCUUUAAACUUUCAAUAUUUGUCUCAAACUUGUUUAUAAACUAUAAUAAUUUAAAUAUUUAUUCGAUUUAAAUGUUUAUAUGUCCGUGUAAACAAGAGAAAUAUUACGAAAGAAAUUCAGAAAGCGACCUAUAUGCUUAUGUAGUGAUGAUUUGAAUCUGAUCAGUUCCGGUAUUCUGCAUUCACUCGAAUUAGUUGACAUGCAUUUUCCUACAGGGAAUUUCACGCAAUGUCUCACAUAGAACUAAGUGAAUUUUGAACCAUAUAUAAUGUUAAAAAUCUUCGUCUGUUUAUCGCAAAUAAUAUUUUGUGGAAGAUAGAUGACGAUAUAACGUAAGUAUAACCCUAUAACUAUUUUUAACCGACUUCAAAAAAGGAGGAGGUUUUCAGUUUAACACGUAUGUUGUUUUGUAAUGUUUCUUACCUCAUAACUUCGUCAUAUAUUAACCAAUUGUGAAAAUUAUUUUUUUGUUUGAAAUAUACUUCCAGAUUGGUCCCAUUUCAUUUUCAUGAAAAUCGGUUUAGUAAUUUUGUGUUAAAAUCAAAAGAAAAGAAACGUCUUU